AUGACGACUAGUAUAUUAUUCGAUAUGAUAGAAUUAAAUUCUAAACUUGAUGAACUAAGUCGAUUGAAAGAAUCGGAAUAUGAAACAAAUAAAACAGUGACUAUCUUCCAAUAUUUUGAUAAAAUCUAUACAUCGUGUUAUGGUACAACAAAUUUUCCAAAGUUAAUGGAUACAUUAAUUCAAAAGAAAUAUACAAAAUUAUGUUAUCCAAUAUUUAAACAUAUCCAUACGAAUGUAUUCAAAACUGAAACAUGCUGGCAUAUUACUUAUUAUUUACUUCACUCUUUGUGGAAUUAUACAGACAAAACAAAUCCAAUGUGUUUUGCUGUUAUUGAUGCACAAUUUCUUUCAAUGUUUAUUCCUAAUUUAAAUAAUGAAAUUUAUUUAAAAUAUUUUUCUUCCAAUGAUGCCAUAAAAAAAUUAUUUGAAAUGAUUGUUUCAAUUAUGCAUAAUAUAGCACAAGUAUCAGAUUUAGUUGAUGAGUUGAGACGAAGUUCAUGUAUUGAGGCUUUAACUCGUGUAGUUCAAACCGUUGCAUCAUGCAGUGUUUUUCUUAAAGGAAUAUCUUAUUUGACUCUAGCAUAUAUAAUUCGUGAAGAUGAACGUGCUCAUUUAGCAAAUUCAAAUGAAUCAAUUCCUUAUCUUGUUGGCCUUUUACAUGAAGCAGUUAAUACUUCAGAUCGUCGUUCGCAUGGAUUAGAUGCACGUGAAUUAUGUAAAGGUUUAUCAAAAUUAUCUGUUGCUAAUGAUAAUAAACAUAAAAUUUUUUCUGAAACAAAAUUAAUUGAUAGUUUAUUAAAUAUGCUUGAGCAACAUACAAAUAGUCAAGAACAAAUAUCUGCUUGUACACUUAUUUGGAAUUUAUGUUUUGAUCAAAAUGUUCGAAAAGCUUACAAUAAUCAACAAAAGUUAAAUCAAAUUUUAACAACCAUUGCGCAAACAUCAUCAAAUGAUGAAUUGAGACGAACAGCAUCCGGUUGUUUAUGCACAUUAAUGGGUGGUCCAACUGCAACCGCAAAAGCGUCAUCCUCAUCAUCAUCAUCAUCAGCGGGAAAUAAAACUAUUAUGAUUUCAUAUAAUCAUGAUGUUCAACAACUAUCAAAGCAAAUCAAAGACCAAUUAGCUGCUGAUGGAUAUGAUGUUUGGAUUGAUGUUGAAAGUAUGCACGGAAAUAUACUUGAUGCCAUGUCAGAUGCUAUUGAAAGUUCAACAAUUUUUCUCAUGUGUUUAACUGAAAAAUAUAAAGAUUCACCAAGUUGUCGAUUAGAAUGUGAAUAUGCAUAUCAACGAAAGAAACAUAUUAUUCCACUUCUUCUUCAAGCAAAUUAUAAACCUGACGGUUGGCUUGGUAUUAUUCUUGGUAGUAAAUUGUAUAUAAAUUAUGCAAAAAAACCAUUUGAAGCAGCUUAUUCAGAAACACUUGGUGAGCUACAAGCAACAAUGAAUCCAACAGAAAGAAAACCAACAGUAUCGCCAGUGAAAAAACAUGCUCCUCCACCUCAACAAUCAUCAACAAUAAUCGAUACAACAACUACACGAACAAGUCCUUCCCAAGGUGCCUUAGCUCAUUUGAUGUCACAAUUUCGAAUAGAUAAGCAAUCGGAAACGAUGUCAAUCUCAUUAGCAAAUUUAGAAAAAUUGUCGAUUACAGAUACACAACGUUUAUUAGCUGAAAAUGGAUUAGAAAAAUUUAUGCCAAUUUUUUUGGAUGUUGAUGGUGUUAAAUUAAUCAAAUUAUUCGAAAUUAAAAAUAAGGCACCUCAAUGUUAUUAUAUGUUAAUUAAAGAUCAAUGGGAUCUAAUGAAUCAAGUCAAAGAACGCAGUCGAGAUUCAUCAUCUCCUCCGGCACGAACAUCUAGUGCAGCUACAUCGAUGGCUCAAUAUCUUCAAUUGACAAUAGCUCUUGACAAAUUAGCCGAUCGAUUUGCAAUCAACUAA